UUUUAGAGUGCAUUCCCUUAGAAGUAAAUGGCCCGCAUGAAAAAUGGCAAACAUUAGCAAGUCCGAGUUGUUAAAGGCAAUAAGAGAAAUUGUGAAGGGAAAUGAUCUUUCCUCACUAUCAGCGAAGAAAGUUCGAAGAUCACUGGAACAGAAAUUCAAUGCUGACUUUACAGACAGGAAGAAAGAAGUGGAUGCAGCCACAAUGGCGAUAGUGAAGGAGAUGACAGAGGCAGGAUCUGAUGCAGAAGAGAGUGAUGAUAAUGGUGCCGAAAAGAAGAGUAACGGAGCUAACGAAUCCUCAGAUGACAAUCUGUCAGAUGAUGAACCUCCAGCAAAGAAAGCUAAACCAGAGAAGAAGAAGAGAGAUUCUGUAUCAUCAGCUGGUUCUGGGGAUGGAGGUGAAGAUGAUGAGGACAUUGCCCGCCGAUUACAGGAGGAAGAAAACACAUCUAGACGACCAUCUCGAGCUGUUGCUAAAAAACCAAAGAAACCAAGGAAAAAGAAAGAAAAGGACCCUGAAGAGAAAAAACAGAAGAAGUCUGUGUACAGCAAGCCAUGUUCCUUAUCUCCUGCCCUGGCAGAAGUUGUGGGUGCUGAUAAGAUGGCAAGAAGUGAGGUUGUGAAAAAAAUGUGGGCCAUUAUUAAAGAACGGAAUCUACAGGACCCCAAGAAUAAGCAGUUUCUACUGUGUGAUGAUCAGUUAUUCAAUGUGUUCAAGAAAAAGAGAGUGAAAACAUUUGGAAUGAUGAAAAUUCUGAGAAACCACAUAUAUGAUCUGCAGGAAUAAUUGCCAUUUUUCGUGUUCUGGAAUGAAGACAAAUCUAGUUGUUCAUCCCCUCGGUGCAUUCUUACAACACAGAGUCUGUUGACUAGUCAGAGACUAGAAACCAGUCAUGUGUGAGAACCAAUCAAGGUGUGAAUGUGUGUUUGAAUGGAAAUCUUGUUAAAGCUUAUAUCUUCAGAGCACAGCAUUCCGGGCCAACAAGUGAUAAAACAACAUUUCAGUUCCAAAUUUCUGUUUACUGUUAUUGUAAUCAUUGAUAUUUUUGUGAGAUGACUUUCUUUUUCUGCAUCUUUCAUUAAUAAAGGGUUUCAGUUCAUUAGGGCAUUUUUCAUUAUACUCCUUUUAAUUCUUUUUUUUAAACACAAUUUUCAGUUUUUUUCUGUCAUGGCAACUUCUUUUUUCAUUGAAGGAUAUAUUUCACUAUAUAUCCAGUCCAUAGAUUGGAUAUUUUUUUUCUCAUCUACUGUAAUAUUUUUGUUUUCAUUUUUUGCAAAUCUGAAAUUAGAAAUGAGGAACCUGUAACUUGUUAAUCUCAUUCAGUGUGAGAAACUCAUUAAAAGAGAUUGUUCUUAAGUUCAGCUUUCAGAUUAAACAUUUCAAUUAUUUUAGAAAUCCUCAAGAAAUUGAUCAGCCAUGCUGAAAAGUGUGUUCAUGUAUUUUUGACUGAGGUAACUACAUGUGAUUGGAAUUUUUUUACACUACAUUUAACUGCAUUUUUGUUUAUAUUGUUGAAAUCAUCAUAAAUUAUUUACAUGCAUAAAGAUGCUUAAAUAUGUCUCUUAUUGAUUUUUUUCCUCAUUUUUUAAAAAAAAUUAUAUGAAUGAGUUAUUAUAAGCUAGUAUUAAAAAUUGUAGUGGUCUAGGUGACAGUAAGGUUUCAUGAAAUGCAAACAAUGUACAGUAACAACCAUGUGUCUGUCUGUCUUGUGGCCAUUUAUUAAGUGCUUGAUAUUUUCACCAUUGACAUCUUCUCUGUGAACCUCACUCUGAUACCAACACAAAUAUCCUGUUAUUUCUGUGUUAUGGAUUGGAAUGUCUACAGAAUCUUGAGAAUCAUAGGAUGUACAUGUUGUAGUAUUAAGUUUUCUAAUUUUAGCUGUUUAAUUUUCCAAUUAUUGGAGUAUUUUUUAAAGAACUAAGAUGAAAUCUUAGUGUUUGGUAUCUUUAAGCCAAGAGUGAUAAACAUUAAUUCGCCAGAUAUAGCAGUAUUUAUACAAUGUACAUCUAUAUGCACUUCUUGACAAAGUUGAAAUUUUUUCAUUCAAAUUCAAUAAAUUUCUUUCAAUUCUGAAGCUGUCUUGAAAUCCCCCCUCCAACUUCCCAAAAGUCAAAAUUCUCUAUUAAAAAGGAUUUUAGUUGAUACAAAAAUUGAAAAGUAAACUGAAGUUCCAAAAUUUGAAAUGUAAUUUAAACUGCCAUUUUUUUCAUCUCUCUAGUUGAAUUAAAUCCUGUGAUCCACUCGCAGAGAUUGCUUUACAGAAGCUUUUUGUGGUGGGUUACGUGAGCGAAUGCCAGGAAUCAAAGUAUCUAAUUUUAUAAUUAGAUUGGUUAUAAUCUGAUGUACCUUGUAUUAUUACUGGAAGCAGCACAGUAUUAAAAUUCAAAUCUUUAGACUCAGAACUGCUGGAAGUAAAUGGUAUGAUGACUUAAUUUGAAGUUAGUGAAACAAUUUCAAAAUUAUUAAUCAUGAUCAGCUGUAUGUACAUGAUGGUCACGUGUCUAUUGUAUGUUACUACUUGAUAUUAUGAAUGAUGUACUUUGUACAGUGUAUAUUUGUUGCUUUUUCACAAAAUGUGAAUAAAUGAUUCUAACAUUGGCAAA